GCAGUACACUGAGAUUAGCAACCAAUGCGACUUCGAUACAGGCAUCCAAACGGGAUCGGAACACUUGAUGUCAACCCAAACGAUACUUUCGCUACUUUGAGAGUCGCAAUUAGUGAGCAGAUUGCUUUGCCUCCUGGAAAAGCAAUACAAUGUAGGUAGCAUGCCUGUACCAUGCCUGUACCUGUUACCUUUCAUCGCUUUACUCUGACUGUCUUUGUACAGUAUCGGUCGGUUACCCGCCCAAACCACAUAAUGACGAUACAGCUACGCUUGUUGGUUUUGGAAUUGGAAGUGGGGAUCUUAUAAUUGUGAAUAUAUCCAACGCCGCAAGCUCUGUCAGCACCACUCCUCCAUCGUCUCAGACUCAAACUUCUCAGACUCAGUCAAAUACAAAGGCAAACCAUAAUGUCAGAAACAAUAUGCCAUCAGAGCUGUCUUCCGCAUUCACCAUGGCUAGUGCUGAAAAUGUUGAAUUCGAUGGAGGUUAUCUUGUACUUCGUGAAAUGAAAGAUGAUAAUUCUUGCCUGUUCCGCUCUGUCGGUUACGCUUUAAACAGAAACAUUGAUCGAUCCCAAGAAUUGCGUGAAGUCAUUGCCGCAUCAAUUCUCUCCGAUCCGAUAACAUAUUCCGAUGCUAUCUUGGGUCGCCCAGUUGAUCAGUAUGUGAACUGGAUACUGAAACCAAACUCUUGGGGUGGAGCGAUAGAACUUGCAAUCUUCUCAAAGCAUUUUGAAAUCGAAAUUGAUAGUUUCGAUGUGGCGAAUGGUAGAACGGACAAAUUUGGACAAUAUGAUGAAAGGAUAUUACUUAUGUAUACCGGCAUCCACUAUGAUGUGUUGGCUUUAACACCGGCUAUGGAGGCAUCGGGCGAAUUUGACCAAACCAGGUUCUCAACUGAAAACGGUAGACUGUUACAAGCUGGUUCUCAAUUAGCGAACAGCCUCAAAAAGCAACGAAAGUACACUGAUACGUCGAACUUUACUCUCAAGUGCAACGACUGUGGAAAAGGUUUGAUUGGUGAACGAGACGCUACCAGCCAUGCAUCGCAAAGUGGACAUACCCAUUUUGUUGAAUACUUAUGAAUUUGUUUGCACAUUGAAUAAAAUACCUGGCUGCCCCUGCGCAGAACAAGAGCACGCGGCAGCCGGGCUUCCAAUUGUAUGAAAU